UCCUCCGGGGUUGCGGGGCGCAAAGGGCCCGCCGCCGCGGUGCAAGGGGCCUGUGCCGUGCCGUGCCGUGCAUGCAAGGGGGGCCAUGAACGCGGCCGAGCUGAGCCGGGGAGGAUCCGAGGCUGCAGGGCCGCCGGCCACGCCCGAUGAAGUGGAAGGAGAGACGGGGGGCAAGGAGGCCGCCGAUGCUGCCGACUCGGCCGACUCGGCGGCGGCUCCCGGGCCCAGCGCCGCCGCGUUCCGCCUGUUGGUGAGCCGGCGCGAACCGUCGCUGAAGCUGCAGUACGCCGUGAGCGGCCUGGAACCGCUGGCCUGGUCCGAGGACCAUCGCGUGUCGGUGUCCACGGCCCGCAGCAUCGCCGUGCUCGAGCUCAUCUGCGAUGUCCACAACCCGGGCCAGGAUCUGGUCAUCCAUCGCACCUCGGUGCCCGCCCCGCUCAACAGCUGCAUGCUCAAGGUGGGCUCCAAAACAGAAGUUGCUGAGUGUAAGGAGAAGUUUGCCACCUCAAAGGACCCCACCGUCAGCCAGACAUUCAUGCUGGACCGGGUGUUCAACCCUGAGGGGAAGGCUCUGCCCCCCAUGCGAGGGUUCAAGUACACCAGCUGGUCGCCCAUGGGCUGUGAUGCCAACGGCCGGUGCCUCCUGGCCGCACUGACUAUGGACAACCGGCUGACCAUCCAGGCCAACCUCAACAGGCUCCAAUGGGUCCAGCUGGCCGACCUGACAGAACUGUACGGUGAACGGCUGUUCGAGGCCAGCUUCCGCCUCUCAGCACACGAGGCUCCAGAGAGCAGUCUGGGUGAUUUCGCCGAAUUUCAGAGGCGGCACCGCAUGCAGGCACCUGUGCGCAUGGAGUGGUCGGGCAUCUGCACUACACAGCAGGUGAAGCACAACAAUGAGUGCCUGGACGUGGGCAGCGUGUUGCUGGCUGUGCUCUUUGAGAACGGCAACAUCGCCGUGUGGCAGUUUCAGCUGCCCUUCAUUGGCAAGGAGUCCAUCUCUUCCUGUAGCACCAUCGAGUCAGGCAUCAGCUCUCCCAGCGUCCUCUUCUGGUGGGAAUAUGAGCACAACCACCGCAAGAUGAGCGGCCUGAUCGUGGGCAGUGCCUUCGGGCCUGUGAAGAUCUUGCCAGUCAACCUUAAGGCUGUGAAGGGCUACUUCACACUGAGGCAGCCCGUGGUGCUGUGGAAGGAGACAGACCAGCUGCCUGUGCACAGCAUCAAGUGUGUUCCGCUCUACCACCCGUACCAGAAGUGCAGCUGCAGCCUGGUGGUGGCCGCGCGUGGCUCCUACGUCUUCUGGUGCCUGCUGCUCAUCUCCAAGGCAGGCCUCAACGUGCACAACUCUCACGUCACAGGUCUGCACUCACUACCCAUUGUCUCCAUGGCUGCUGACAAGCAGAACGGCACCAUCUACACCUGCUCGAGCGAUGGCAAGGUCCGGCAGCUUAUCCCCGUCUUCACCGACGUGGCGCUCAAGUUUGAGCACCAGCUCAUCAAGCUGUCGGAAGUGUUCGGCUCGGUUCGGACGCACGGCAUUGCCGUGAGCCCCUGCGGGGCCUACCUGGCUGUCGUCACCACCGAAGGGAUGGUCAAUGGCCUGCACCCGGUCAACAAGAACUAUCAGGUGCAAUUUGUCACACUCAAGACUUUCGAGGAGGCGGCCGCUCAGCUCCUGGAGUCAUCGGUCCAGAACCUCUUUAAGCAGGUCGACCUGAUCGACCUGGUGCGCUGGAAGAUCCUCCGGGACAAGCACAUCCCCCCAUUCUUGCAGGAGGCGCUGGACAAGAAGAUCGAAAGCAGCGGUUCCACCUACUUCUGGCGUUUCAAGCUUUUUCUGCUGCGAAUCCUUUACCAGUCCAUGCAGAAGAGCCCAUCCGAGGUCUUGUGGAAGCCCCACCAAGAGGAUGCCACGAAGGCCUUACUGGUGGACUCGCCCCGGCCAGGUCCCGCUGAUGAGGAGCAGCAAGAGGAAGGCCCCUCUGCCCGGCUCCUUGGCCGGCCUGGACCCCCCGAGCGGAGCCGGGAGAGUGAGGCCGAGGACCCCUCCGAUGAGCCCACACCCGAGGCUGGCUCCCGGGAGCCUGUGGAGGAGAAGCUCCUAGAGAUCCAGGGUCAGAUUGAGGCUGUAGAGAUGCACCUGACACGCGAGCACAUGAAGCGCGUGCUGGGGGAGGUGUACCUGCACACGUGGAUCACGGAGAACACCAGCAUCCCCACUCGUGGCCUCUGUAACUUCCUCAUGUCCGAUGAGGACUACGAGGACAGGACAGCACGGGUGCUGAUUGGUCACAUCUCAAAGAAAAUGAACAAGCAGACAUUCCCUGAGCACUGCAGCCUGUGCAAGGAGAUCUUACCCUUCACCGAUCGCAAGCAAGCAGUCUGUUCCAAUGGCCACAUCUGGCUCCGGUGCUUUUUAACCUACCAGUCCUGCCAGAGUUUGAUCUAUCGGAGGUGUUUGCUCCAUGACAGCAUUGCUCGCCACCCGUCACCAGAAGAUCCAGACUGGAUUAAGAGGUUGCUGCAAAGCCCCUGCCCAUUCUGUGACUCACCAGUCUUCUGAGCAGCAUCGGGGAGGGUACAGAAGGUACACGCUGCCGAGAGAAGAACCUCCACCUGGCCUGCAGAGAGCCCAGUCUCAGCCUGGUGUCCAGAUCCGGGAACGUGCGGGAGCAGGCAUCUUCUCCCUGGGGACUCAUGGAUUUCUUCCCAAUGACUGAGGGCAGCCAUCGAAGUCAUUUUGAGCAGUGCUGAUCUCACUCUCCUUCCCAGUGGGAAACACUGAUUUUCCAAGUGUCUCCACAGGCAAGAAAGCCCUGGUUUCUCUAGGGGCAGGAGUUCUCUGACAGACAGUCGGGUGAGGGCAUUGCUGGACUGCCUGGGGCUUUUUUCCUAGCCGUGGUUUGGGCUGGCCUCGUGGCACCAAAGAACUCAGAUUGCCUGGGACGUGGUACCCAAUCCUCCAGCAGGUAUUCCAAUGUCGGAACCAAUGCAGGGACCUAUGUGUUUGUUCAACAAAUUGCCACAGGUCUGCAUCCCAACCAUCCUCAUAGCCUUGUAUAUUGAGCUCAUUUUCCUAAAACUCUAUUUUUAAGAGGUUCACACCGAGACUAAAGUUGGUUUUCAUGUGUCAAAAAACCAAGUGACUCAAUAAAUUAAUAAUGAAUUGUGA